AUGGCUUUGACUACUACGUUGCUGAACAACGCUUGCUUAGGUGGUAGAUGCUGCAGGCAUGAAGUUUUGUGCCCCUUUCUUGGACCUCUCCUCAGCGGCUCCAUGUUGAAAUUGUAUAGCAGCUACAGGAGGCCUGGGUCACAGCCUGAGAAAAAAACAUCUUGGCAAAAUGUUGAUUUCAGCUUUAAGAAAGGCUUUGAUGUAUUAAAGGCUCAACUAAGCCUGCUGAAGAAGGAGACUGAAGAUUACUUAAUAGGACCUGAAGGCCGCCCGUUCGAUCAGUACCUGUUGGAACAGACAAGGGUGUUGUGGGAGUUUCGGAGCCAAGAAGAUUUAAAUAAAUGGGUUAUUUCCUCUGAUGUAGAGAUCGGAGGGAAAAGUGAAGUUUACCUCAAAUUGGGUAGGAACAACCAGGCUGCUCUGCUGUAUGGAACCCUCAAUACGGAAGUACCUCGUGAUGGAGAGACAAAAUACAGUGGAUAUUGUAGCAUGAGAGCUAAACCACCAGUGGGAUCUUUUGCUAGGAAGAAGUAUUAUGACUGGUCAAACUUCAACAGUCUGUAUUUACGUGUCCGUGGUGAUGGCAGACCUUGGAUGGUAAACAUUUAUACUGAUCCUUACUUCUCUCAUCAAAAGGAUGACCUCUACAACUACUUCAUGUUCACUCGAGGAGGCCCAUACUGGGAGGAAAUAAAGAUUCCAUUCUCCAAAUUCUUUCUCUCCAGUCGGGGAAGAGUCCAGGAUCAGCAGCACCCCAUCUGGUUAGACAAGGUUAGUACCCUUGGAUUCACAAUCGGCGAUAAAGUAGAUGGUCCGUUCCAGCUGGAGAUUGACUUUAUUGGCCUGCUAAACGAUAGAGCUCAUACAGAAGAGUUUGCCUACGAAAUGUAUGAAAAGAAGUAAGCUGGGCUGGUGUCCUUUGGGGCAUUCUUCUGACACUGGGUUCAUGGUCAUAAAACACUUAAUGUGUG